GGAAAUAUGUUGGGCAUUGAAUGUUGAGUGGUUUAUUGGUUUCAGUCGCUACUCGGGACUAGGAUGUCCACAAAUACUCCGUCUAGCGACUUAUUUUCAACUUUUUACGAGGAGGUGAAGGCUAUUGAAAAAAGAGAUUCUGUCUUAACACCUAAACAACAAAUAGACAGACUCAAUCGACCUGGUUCAACUUACUUCAAUCUAAAUCCAUAUGAUGUAGGCUCAAUUUAACCCUUUUCGUCCAAACGUCUUCUUAGGUGUUACAAGUUGAUCCUGAUACCCCAAUGGCUGACAUCAAAAAGAAGUACAGACAGUUGUCACUGCUAGUUCACCCUGACAAAAAUCCUGACGAUACUGAACGGUCUCAGAAAGCUUUUGAAGCUGUAAACAAAGCGUAUAAAGCUUUAGAUGAUCCGGAAACCUGUCGCAAGUGCAAAGAAGUGGUUGAAGAAGCUAAAGAACUAGUUGAACAGAUGAUGAUUGAAAAAAGAAAACGCCUGAAAAAAUCAGGUGGUCCUACCACAAUCGACGAGGAUGAUCCAGACAAGCAUCGACACGCCAUUUAUGUACAAACAUGCAAGUUGUUUGCAGACCUCGAAAGAUUGAGAGUAGAAGAAGAAUUAAAACAGUCAUCUGAUAGAAAGCGUAAGGCUGAACAAGAAGCCGAAGAGAAGAAACUCGUGGAAUAUGAUAAGAUAUGGAGGAAGAACUAUGAAG